AUGAAGAGCCCUCAUGUCUCCCCCGAACCUCUCCCGUUCCUCCCAGACCGUGUGUCGAACAUAACGGAAAAGUCAUCAUCUUGUUCCACUGGCUCCCUGAAAACCGGUAGUUGGCCUGGAAAAGUUGGUCAUUGGGUGCACAAAAAAAAGAACUCUAGUUUAACUAAAGAAAACCUUGAUGAGUUCAACAAAUACGGAACAAGUCCAUAUUACAAAGGGCUCCUCUUUCAGGAAAAAGUUCUGGGUACAAGUUCGGAAGCAGAGAAUAAUACAACUCCAACUCCUAUGCCACAUGACUUCCAGAACAUGAGCAGUCCUUACUACAAAGGGCUCCUCUACACUGAGAAGGCUCCGGGUACGGGUAUAGGUACAGGUACGGGUACAACUCAUGAAUCAGAGAGUACUACUACUUCUGUUGCUGCUGCUAUGACACAUGACUUCCAUAACUUUAGCGCUCCGAGUCCUUACUACAAAGGGCUACUGAACCAAGCUACAAGCCCGGACCGCGAAAGUGUAGCCACUACGACUGUCAGCUCGGGGUCAAGAAUGAGUUUUUAUGUUAAAAUUCCAGAAUUUGGGUGUUUUAAGUUUAAGGCAAAAGAUGAGAAACCUCCAACAAUGGUAAAGGUUUACUCUACCGAAAGUUCGAAUGAUCAGGAGUCCUUGAGGGAGAGAGGAUCAGAGCCAACAUCACCACAGUUUUCGCCACCAGUACAACCACCGCUGCCACCGCCAGUGUUAUCAGUGUCGCCCACUAAAAAGGUAGCUGUAACCGCCAAAGAUGAUGAUGCUAUUGAAUCAAAGGACGGAAUGAAGUACAUUUGGGCGGAUAGAUACCGACCCCUCACUCUUAAGGAUUUCAUAUGCAACAAAGACAAAGCAAUUGAGCUGCAAAAAACGAUAAAAGAUGACGAAUGCCGUCACUUCAUAUUUGAAGGACAAGCAGGUGUGGGAAAGCGGACAAUGAUUUGGGCUUUGCUUCGUGAUGUAUAUGGAGCAGACAAGGUUCAGGCAAGAGACGAGUGCAAGACAUUUAACUUGAAGGGGGAAGAAGUAAGCAGUAUCAUAGUUAAUGUGAAGGAGUCGUCUCAACAUGUAGAAGUUAAUCUAUCUGAGUUAAAAGGAUUCGAGAAGCAUGUCAUAGUUGAACUUAUUAAAGAAGCAAAUAUGUUAACCGACAAAGCACGAUGCAACAAAGAUAAUUGUAGAGCCAUCAUUCUCCAUGAAGCAGACAAACUAUCCACAGAUGCAUUGCUUUACAUACGAUGGGUUAUUGAGCGGUAUAGAGGAUGUCAUAAAGUGUUCUUUUGUUGCCAAGAUGCUUCAAAGUUACAACACCUUCAAAACAUCUGCACACUGAUCAAAUUUCUUCCGCCUUCUAAUAAAGAGAUUGUUGAAGUCCUGGAACUCAUAGCAAGGAAAGAGAAAAUAGAAUUGCCAAGGCAAUUAGCAGAAAGAAUAGCUAUCAAUUCCAAGAAUAACCUGCGACAAGCCAUUCGGUCCUUCGAAGCUAGCUGGCAUCAUAACUCGCUUCUGGAAGAAGAUCCGAUAAUCUUGACUGGUUGGGAAGAUGAUAUUGCAUACAUUGCCAAAAGUAUAGUAGAAAAGCAGAACCCCAAACAGCUAUAUCUUAUUCGUCAAAAACUUCAAAAUCUCAUCGACCACAGUGUACCACCUGAGUUUAUAUUUGAAACUCUAGAAGUUGAAUUGAAGAAGAAUGUUGACGAGUCAUUGCAUUACCAGAUUGAAAAGACGCAUAAGGACUAUAGUGAUAAGGGUACUAAAAACUAUUCCAAUGAUGAAAGAAAAAAGCUUAUCCAACAAUUCAUGAAUAUCGAAGAAUUCAUAGCGAAAUUUAUGAGCUGCUACAAAAAUCAUCUUGCUAAGAAGACACUGGACAUAACGGAAACAACAAUAAACAGCUAGAAUACAGCUUGCAUGGUGUGUUGCAAUUCCAGCGAAUGCUGCACAAUUGAACUACAGAAUAAAAUGGCCCCUGGGCUGGCCUCGUGAUACGUUUUCUUUGUGAGCUAACUAGUCCUUGCAUAGCUGCAAGUAUCUACUUACCACAAAAAAAAAAUUAUAUACUGUUAUGGUUUUCAUUUCUUUUUCAUGUAAGUCAAUCAAAGAAGACUCCUCUUCUGAUGUGAAACUUAAAUAAAUGUGUAACUUUAAUAAAUUUAAUACUUAACGACUUUUCAAAUAA